AUGGCUGACUCUUCGUUAAGUUCUCCUGUCGCUGACAAUGUUGAUCACGUUACCUCGCUGGAUGAAUUUCCUCAAGACUCCAGUGUAAAGAUGCUAUUGGACAAAAAUGAAAUUUUAGAUAAUGGUAAAAGUGCUGCCGAUGAUGAUUCUUCGUUAGAUAAUGAAUCAACAAAGGAAACUGCAAUGAUUGAUGAUCAUGGUGAACUAGAUUACGAAGAAGAUGUUGAUGACUCCAUUGAAAAAAAUGAAGCAGAAAUUAAAAUUCAAGAACAGAUGUCUACUUUUGAGGUUCAGAAAGCCAUGGAUGAUGAUAUAAAAGGAGGAGAGAAGCGGUCGAAUGUUGACGAUGGAUCUCACUCAUCUGAUGGCGAAUUAGCUGAUGAUGAUUGUGAAGAAGGGGAAAUUAAGGAGCCAGGUGCAAAGAAACCUUUUUCAAGAGAAUUGUGCAGGUUCUUCAGCAGAGGCAGCUGUACAUGGGGCAUUAAUUGUAGGUUUCUUCAUCCUGGUGUCAAUGAUAAAGGAAAUUACACAAUGCACGAGCGCUUGGGCAAGAGAAUGCCGCCACCUCCAAGACUGAGUGAGAUAGCAGGUGAGUCCGCCUGGGAAAGGGGUCUGCGUCACGCAAAAGAUUUUCGAAGCAAGAAAAAGAAAACAGAUGGCGAUGAUAAGAAGGGCACUUCAACAUCUCCACUUGCAUCCGAUAAACUGAUUCACCCAGACACUUCUUCCCAUCUGGCACGUCCAGUUCAUAGAGAUUCUUUCUAUGAAGAUAUGCAUCAGACACUAUCUACUUCGCUACCAGACCUACCUCCCAUGCCACUGCCCAUCCUCCCGAUAUUGCACCACCCUAUCAACCCGUGGCUCUACAGACAUCCAUUUGAUUACGAGAUGAGGUGGCCCGCUCUCGAUUACAUGCAUUCCGGAUUCCAUCCUGUCCAUGAUUUCAGGAUGAUAGAUCCAGGAAAGGAGAGACGAUUCAGUCCUCCUUCGAGAACAGAAGCAAGCCAGCCGAUUGGUGGUGAGCGUGCAAGUAGAAGAAAGAGACAUCAUGCUGAGGGAACAACAAACUCGGGAGAAAGAAGAAGAAAGUGUGAGGAGGGGAAGGAUUCUUGGUCCAGGGCAAAAUCACCGAAAAACAAACGUUCAUCGUCCUCAAGAAGUGGAAAGAAAUCUCGAUCACGUUACUCGUCUUCCUCAUCAAGCUCCAACUCAUCCAAGUCAGGGUCGAGAUCGAGGUCCUCGUCUUCUUCCUCAUAUUCGUCUAGCAGGUCAUCAUCCUCGUCGAGGUCCAGAUCGUCAAGCAAGUUGAGCAAAUGGAUCCCGAGUAAAGUUGUGCCAGUAAGAUCGAUAAAGAAUAGUGACAUUUCUAAAAGCUUUGUAUCAAACGUGGUGCCACCUUGCGUUGCUGAAAUGAACGAAUCUUCCACUGUCGUCAGCACCACAGUAACUAAACUUACUGGAACUGCAAGCGUCACGGCAAACCAAGCUCCGAUUACGGUCACCUCGUUGACAUCCGAACCUCCCAGGCCAGCGAUGACCUCACUGUCAAUUACAUUAGCAAACAGCAAAACAAAUGAGUUGCAACCUGUUAACAAAUCAUUCAAAGAUGCGGAUGAGAAUAACAACGAUGGUCAGAUGAAAAGUAAAUCUAAAUUGCCAACAUUCUCUGACAACACCAAUCUGCUCGUUGAGUUGAAUAAGGUUGGAGGCCAGUUGACCACGGUGGGAGGAGUUACCUACAAGUCAGGCAUUGUUCAAGGAAACGUUGGAUAUCCUAUUCCAAUAAAGUCUUCAGCUCCAUUACCGGCAACAACUGUUCGAUCAAAACCAAAAAGUGUUCACAGUAAUAAGAAAAUUUCAGAGAAGAAAAAACGUUCUAGAUCUCGUGGUUCGAGUGCGUCGAGUGAUGAUUCCCUCUCCUCCCUCUACUCGUCUUCCCACAGCUCCCGUAAUUCAUCAUCAGCCUCAGCUCAGAGCCACAGGGCGCACCUCAGGACGUCGGACUAUCUUGUCCAGAAGAUGCAUCCAUUUGCACCCGUUCAGCGAAUGGGUAGGGGAUUCCGAGAUGGAAGGGAUGGGUCAUUUUGGAGGGAAAAAAGAGAUUUUCAUAUGGAUAGUAGAGGGGCUGGCCAAGGUAGAGACAUGAGGGCACCUUACAGAAAGAACCUGAGAAUGGAAGAGAGAGGUGUGCAUUCUAUGGAUUAUCCCGUCAGAAAUAUGGAACACUCGAGAGUUGAUUCGAAGAUGUACAGCAGGCCAGGAGGUCGUGCUGGUCAAACGGUGGACGCUAGAAUUGAUGUUAGGAAUCACAGGAUGGGUGAAAGAAUGUUGCCAAAGAAGGAGGAAAAGAGAGAUGAGAGAAGACAGCCUGGCAGAAGGAUGAACCAGCCGGUAAUGAACAGGAUGUCGAAGGAGCGUCAUGAUAAAUCAUACGGCAACAACAGGGACCACCAGGUUGUCAAUAGGAGGUAUCAAAGAAGAGAGGGCGAAGUGGAGGGAGAUGUUCUCGAAGCAAACCGGAGAAGGCAGUCUCCGGAAGGAUAUAGAAGAGUAGUGAAUAAAUCUACGACAGGACACAAGCACCAAGAAGUGAACGCACCCACCAGAUCUUCGCAAAGGCAACACGAAUUACCGCCGCCUUCGUCUUCAAGAAAACGCCACUCAAGUCCCAGUCGGAUGAGACCUCAGGAGAAGCACAUGAAGAUAGCCUAUGAAAACAAGGACCUUCCAGCAAGCGAUUCAUCGCGCCAGCCUGCACCAUCUCGUCAGCAAAGGUCCAGUUGUGUGGAUGAUGUCAAUCGAAAGACACCUAGUGCUAAAUAUGGAAAAAUGCAAUCCACGACAUCUGAAAGCAAGAAAAGCACUUCAUCAAGGACAGAAGAACUAUUAAUGGAGUUGAAAGCUGUUGAAGAUGCCAUUGCAAACAAACGAUCAAAAAUCCUGUAG